AUGUAUCAUCAUCAGUACAAAUCUACGUGUUUAACAAGGAAUGGAAGAGACAUAAAUAGUAAUAAUAAUACACAUAUACAAAAACCAGAUAAAAAGGAAACAUCUAUUUCCACAAAAGUAAGUCCAUUGACAUUUAACAUAAUGAAAUCAAAACCUAAAGGUAAGAAUGAUCAUGGUAGUAAAACAGAACCUAAAGGUAAGAACGAUCAUGUCAGGAAAACAGAAGGUCAAAUGAAAAAAAAGAUACGAAACUUAUGGAGAGAUGAAGAAGAUCUAGGCAAAGAAAUAAGCCAUCACUCUGAGCUAAUGAACUGUCAGGUAACGUUACUACGGGCACCAUCGCUCGAACAAUAUCGUAAUAUAUUGGGACAAUACAUCCCGCAGGUACCACAUAAUAUGGACGAAAUUGUCGUAAUAAAUCCAUCACCUACUAGAAUAGCUAUUAAUCAAAAGAUAGGGCAUAGUAAACCACUAAAAAAUAGAGAUAACAAUUCACCAGUCCUGCCGAAAUUUGACUUGGCAUUCGACUUGGCGUUAGAUUUAACAACAGUUGACGGGAGUGAAGAAGGAAUUGUAAGCAGAGAAUGGUUGAAAGAGAAUGAUGGACACGCAGAAGCAAUCGCGACAUGUCAAGAACAGGUAAUGAUUCAAGAGAAAGUUAUACCUGUGAGGACUAUUGAGACCUAUGCACCAAUAGAUACCAAUUCAACCAUUACCUUUAUAGAACCAAACGGUAAUCUAUCUACGAGUUUUGCUAGUAGUAGAGAAACUAAAAGGAUAGAAGGCGAUAUAAGACAAACCACAUUACUGGUAUUGCCAAAAAAUGGCAAAGAAGGAGAUGAAAAACUAGCACAACCAGGAGUUAUAGUAAGAAAACAGGCACUGAGCCUAGCAUUACAAAAAAGACGAUAG